AAUGGGAAGUGAAAACCAUGAUGGCAAAAGCUAUUGUUGAAGAAUUUCCUUCGCUGAAAGAUGAAGAAGGGCAAGGAUUUGAAGCUUGGUACACUGCUGGAAGGGGAAAACAUUCUUCAAGUGGUUGGAUUGAAGAGAGACUGAGAAAUGUUAGGCGCAGUUAUGCCAAAAACCCCAGCACACCUAUUGCUGCAAGUUCAACAACUAAAUUGGUGUCUGCUUCUUUACCAGAAUCUGAUGAUCUAACAACUGAGGAAUUUCAUAAAAUGGUUGAGUGGCUGAAGCACAAUAUUGCUCCAGCUUCUCAAAUCACUUUAUUUAUGAAAAAGACUGCUGCAAAGAGGGCAGAAUGGAUCAGGGCAAAUCCGGGACAGCCAUUUAAUAAUAUUAUGACAGAAUAUCCACGGCUAUUUGACAUGCCAGGAAUGGUGAGUAUACUUUUUGGUUGGUUUGUAAUUUUUAAGUGUUUUCAUUUCAUAUGUCACUCAUCUCUAUACUUUAGCCACCAGCUUUAGCUUUGUCAGUCUCUCCCCAUUACAUUACUGAUUUUUAACGUUGUACUAUUGUACUAUUAUUAUAAUUCUUUGAUGAUUUUAAUUUAA